AUGGGCCAGGAAUCUGCCAACCAGACAUGGAUCAGUGAGUUUAUCCUGUUGGGGUUUUCCAAUGAUUGGGGCACUCAGGUCUUCCUCUUUGCCCUGAUCCUUGCCAUGUACUUGGUAACCGUUGCAGGGAAUUCCCUGAUUCUUCUCCUCAUCAGGCUGGACAGCAGGCUUCACACCCCCAUGUACUUCUUCCUCAGUGUUCUGUCCGUAGUGGACCUUUGCUAUGGGAGUAGUAUUGCCCCGCAGAUGCUGGCCCACUUGGUUUCAGCCCGGAAGCUCAUGCCUUUUCCCAGCUGUGUGCUCCAGCUCUGCGUCUCCUUGGCACUGGGUGGCUCUGAGUUCUUCCUUCUGGGAGCCAUGUCCUAUGAUCGCUACGUGGCAGUACGCCACCCACUGCACUACACCGUUAUCAUGGAUGGAGGACUGUGCCGGGGGCUGGCUGCCAGUUGCUUGGUGGCUGGUUUCUUGAAUUCACUGAUGGAGACGGUGAUCACCUUCCGUCUUCCUCUGUGCCACGACGUCAUUAAUCACUUCGCCUGUGAGACCCUCGCAGUUCUCCGGCUGGCCUGUGUAGACAUUUCUUUCAACAAGGUCAUGGUGGCCGUCUCAGGGUUCCUGGUGAUCAUGCUUCCCUGUGGCCUGGUUCUAUUCUCUUACGCUAGUAUAGUCAUCUCCAUUCUGCGCAUUCACUCUCCCCGGGGACGUCGCAAAGCCUUUGGGAUGUGUGCUUCUCACCUCACUGUGGUUUGCAUGUGCUUUGGGGCCACAAUCUUCACCUACCUAGGGCCACGCUCUGCCUCUUCUGAAGACAAGGAGAAGGUGGUUGCUCUGUUCUAUGCUGUGGUGGCACCCAUGUUGAACCCCGUGAUCUACAGCUUGAGGAAUAAAGAGGUCAUGGCUGCUCUUAGGAAACUUGCCGAGAAAUUAAGGUGA